UAUUUCUGAGGGUCGGACUGCUAAAGGUCACACUGCUAAAAUUUUUGCAAGCGUCCAGACGUGCGUUCCGAUCGCGGAAUUUGUCAGUUUUAUUUUUUUGUGUGCGAUUUCGUUCUGCCUGCCAAACGCCAAACGCAGCGACCGAACUGAGGAGCAGGAGUAAGUCCGAUCGGCUGAAGUCGACCGAAUGUCGAAAUGAAGCGUGACGACAGGGCGAAUGUGCUCAGCGCAACGAAAAGUGGGCGCGAGUGAUUCCGAGAAACAGAUUCGAUUCCCAAUUUGUCGUGUCGUUCUCUCGAGCUCAAGAGAACGAAAACAACGCGAAGUAAAAGUGAAAACGUGCAAAAGGCAUAGCGCAAAAGAAAAACAACAACAAACUAAACUUCGGAAAAAAUGUGCGACACGGCGGCAACAACAGCUACACCAGUGGUGGCAGCUACAACUGUGGGAGCGGCUUCGGUGUCUGGCACUGGAACCAGCCAGGGAACGGCAGCGGCUACACCAGCGACAGCAGGAGCCACACCGCCAGCUACAACCGCAUCGAAACCCGAGCAACAGCGGGCGCGACAAAACUGCUGUCGCCUCUGCAUUGCCCCGGCCACGGAAUGCAUUUCGAUCAUCAAUAGCUAUGCGGCCGACAAGGAGCCGCUAUCGACAAAAAUCCACAACUGUGUGGACAUAAAGAUAACACCACAAGAUCGGCUGUCACUUCAGAUCUGCCACGCCUGCAUCAGUUACCUUAACUCGUGGCAGAGCUUCAAGAAUCGGUCGGUUAGCGCACAGAGCAAACAGCGGCAGUGGCUGGAGGCCAACAAGAGUAAGCUCCUCAGCUAUUUGGAUUUGAACAGUGCCGAGAAUGGAGGAGGUCAUCAGCAGCAUCACCAUCAGAACCAGCAGCAGCAUCAUUCGGAGAAUGAGAUCGAUUUGGAGAAGCCAUCGGCCGCCCAAAUAUUGGACGGCAUACCCUCGCUGAAGAAACGCAAAUCCCUAACAGUCUAUCCACUGCCCGCAAUUCCCAUCAAGGAUGAGCCCAUUGACACAGAUGAUGACUAUCAAAUGAAAUCGCUGGACGAAUCCGAUGACAUGGUCGAUCCCACAAUGUUCCUAGAGCGCUCCGAGCACGAGGGCGAUGUACCAUUAAUGACCUCCGACUAUGAUUAUACGGCGCAGCAUGGUGUGAACGCAGAGACGGCGGCCGCCUCGCUGCCGCCCAAUGCUGUGGCUAAUGUGGCCGCCGCCGGGGACUCGAAGGUGGCCAGCUGCCGGGCAUGCAGCCUCCAGUUUUCGACACGUGCCAAUGCCAGGCGCCAUGAGCGAAAUUUGCACCCAAAUCUGUUCCAAUUGUCGACGGACUCGCCCAACAAUACGCCCAUCACAAAGCCCACCCCGGCACUGGCGGCUGCAUUGGAGAUUCAGCGUGCCGCCGCCGAAGCGGCCACCGAGGAGGCCAGCAAAGCUGCAGGCGCUGCCGGGGGUAAUAUAUCGACCCAAAAAUACCGUCAGGUGGUGAUGAACGCCUUCAUCAAGUGCGAGGGUGGGGGCUUCAACUAUGACAGUCCCGAGCAGUACCAGCCGCUGCUCACCCGCGACAAGGUGGAGUUUAUCGAGCAGAAUUACGAAUUCCUGGAGCAGUACCAGACGAUGACAUGUCGCUGCUGCGACAAAUACUUCAGUACGUACAAGAACUUUAUGGCGCAUGUGCGUAAAAAGUAUCCGCUGUUGCCGCGCAAUCUCUGCUUCAACUGCCUCAAGAUGAACGAAUCGAAGGCUCUGUUCAUUUCCCAUCUCAAGAAGCGCAACUGCAUCAAUCUAUUUCGUGUGCUGAACGCCCUGCGCGGCAAGCAGCCAAAUUUUCACCCCUCAUCGGACAUUGGAUCGUCGUUCGGUGGAGAGACCACCACCACCACCACAACCAUCACCAGUCCCAAUGUCGUUGUACCGCUGCUGCUGGAUAACAGCUCGAGCGGCGAACGGCCGGAGAAGCUGCGCGCCAAGGAGCUGCUGGUGAAUAAGCUUUACGAGUGCAAACUCUGCCCGAAGGGCUUCCGCACCAAGCACGAGUUUCGCACCCAUGUCUACGACAAGCAUGCGGAUGUGCAGCGCAAGGACAACAACUCGAUUCAGUGCAGCUUCUGCGGCCUGGACUUUGCCGAUCCCGUCGACAGGCGCCGCCACUACAACAACAUGGACUGCAUUGUUCGCCUACGCUGCAUGACGUGCGACGCCAAGGUGGAGACGCAUCAGCGUUUUCUCGAUCAUGUCUAUCAAGAUCAUCUGGGGGGCAUAAGCAGCGACAAUGCCUCCACUGUGAGUGGAUUGGGCGGCGGCGGAGGCGGCGGCGGCAGGAGCAGCAGCAGUAUUGAGAACUCGCCCGGGAAGCGGAGUCUACUAGGGGCUCUCGGGAUCGGUGUUGGCUCCCCCGCCGAUGAGUCACGCACCGGCAGUGCAGCGGCGACAGCGGCAGCCGUAGCACCCAAUCAAACCUCCACGCCAAAGCCGACAUCGGGAGGUGGGGCGGGCACAACACCUGGCUCCCUGAAUCGUGAUGCUGGUGGUGCACCGAAAUCGCAGUAUUUUUCACGAAUGCCCCAGGUAUGCCCCAUCUGUGGCCAACAGUACAACAACUACAACAACGUGCUGCGUCACAUGGAAUCGAAGCAUCCAAACAAACUCCCGGAGACCUACAAAUGUGUGCGCUGCGGCCUGGGCUAUCCGAGAAUCUCGUAUCUGCGAGAGCAUAUGAUCAACGUGCAUGGCGUGGACAAGAAUCGAAAUUCGGGCGGCUUUGAGUACAUUGUGAAUGCGGAUGCCGUGAAGCUGGCCGAUGGCAGUACACCGAAUGUGUCCACGGGUCGUUACGACUAUGUGAUGAAGGAUCUGAUGUCAAUAACAAAUGGUGGGACACUCGAUGAUGACGAGGAGGAGACCGGCAGCAUGGCCAAGAAGAUACGCCUGGACGAUAGCAGCAACAACAGCAGUCUGGUGGGUGGGGUGGCCAGCCAGCAAAAGGAAUGCCCCAUCUGCAAUGCACUGUUUAGCAACAAUAUUGGCCUGUCGAAUCACAUGCGCUCACAUUACACGGCCUCGAGUACCGUGAACGCUGCUCUGGUGGCGGCCAAUCGCAUGACACCCAAAUCCCUGACCAUAACCGCCGCCCCAGCCAUAGAGACGGUCACAUCAUCGGCCUCAGUCGAUGUUGACGAUGACGAGGGCGUUAUGCCGCUCGAAUCCGGAAAUAUUAUGGCCAGCGUCAGCGGUGGCAGAGGUGUUGCUUCUGUUUCAGCUAUUGCUGCUGUGCCUCCUGCCAUGGUUAAUCAGACGCCUCAAGAGCAGGCCGUCUUUCGUCGCAGCCUGGACCAGGCGGCGGAUCGUCGCUUCCGCCGGAUGCGUUGCCGCAUCUGUCAGCGGCGUUUUAGCUCAAAGAAAUCAUACCGCUAUCACAUGCUCACCGACCAUCAGGUGCAGAAUGUGCAGUUUAUCAAGUGCAAGCUGUGCAAUGCAGAGUUUGCCUACGAGAAGGGUCUCAAGGUGCAUCUGUUCAAGGUGCACGGACGGGCCAUCAAGGAUGAGAUGAUUGUGAAGCAGUUUGAGUGCGAUGUCUGUUCGAUUGUCUACAGCUCGGAGCUGGAACUGAAGCAGCACAAGCAGAGCGUCCAUAAGCUGACAUCCGUGUCGGUGUCUGCAUCCGCCUCGGCAUCGGCUUCGGCUUCUGCCUCGGCAUCCACAUCCUCGAAAAUCGAUGAUGAUUCACUGAUGAUGGAGGACAUCGGUGGCAAUAGAAGCCGUCACCAUCAUCAGCAGCACAGCAAGGCAUCUGGCGAUCUGGCCGAUCAGUCCAUCAUCUCCGCCAUGGCUGCCACCGCCACUGCCAGUGCCACAACGACGCCGCUCUACUGGUACCAGUGCAAGUACUGUCCCUCCAACUUUAACACCAACAAGAAGCUGGCCAUCCACAUCAACUCGCACGAUGAGUUCGACUCGAACGAUUACUCGUGCAAGGACUGCGGCAAUGUCUACAGCGGCCGCAAGAGUCUAUGGGUUCAUCGCUACAAAAAGCAUCCGCAGGUGCCGGACCCAAUCGAGUGCAUGCUGUGCCGCAAGGUGUUCUUUGACCAUCAGAUGCUGGACAAUCAUACGCCGACCUGCAACCGUAAGCCAAUUACCGCCACGGGGGCGCAUCAGCAGGAGCUGCAGACGCAGUCAAAUCAGCCGCAAGGUCGGGCCGUAUUUAGGCACAAGACUGGCGACGAUGACGACGAGGAAGAGCAACAGCAGCAUCACCAGCAGCAGCAACAGCGUAACCAUCAGGAGGAUGCUGGCGAUGGAGGAGCAGUAGCAGCAGCAGCUGCUGCCGCUGCCGCUGCCACAUCGAGCGGCACCAUCAGCGGUGUCAGUACCAAAAAGAUGCGCAUACCGGAGGUGGCCUGUACAAUUUGUGGCGCCAGAUUCACUGAUCAGGAGCACUUUAGCAAGCACAUACAGAAGCAUGAACAGGAUCUAUAUGUGGAUAAUCCGCUGGCAGCGAUGUUCGACGAUGGGCCGGCGGAUGCGGCCCAAUUUAAGGUGGAGGGCCAGAACGAGAACGGGGAAUACGCGUGCGAUAUGUGCACGAAGACAUUCCCCCUGGUGAUUGCACUCAAAGUGCAUCGCAAGUGGCAUUUCAGAGGUGAUAGCAAGCAGAACCACAUCGACAGCGAAACGACGAAUAUCAACAACAACAACAACAACAAUUCGGUGAACAACUCCACAUCGAUGCUACGGGAGCUGCAUGCAGUGGGUCUGACGCCCAACCAACAACAGAAGCAACAGCAGCAGAACUCCACGUCCACGCCGAACAACAACAGCAGCAGCAACAACAACAACAGCAACAGCAGCAAGAGCAGAUCAAUGAAGCGUAAACGUGAAUUGAAAUGCGAAUACUGCCCCUCGACAUUCAUCAGCAACAACAACCUGCGACGCCACAUGUACGAACUGCAUAAGCACGAGGUGAGUAGCCUGCCAGCACCGCCCGUGAUUGUGGUGGAUGACCCGCUCUGCUGUCGACGUUGUGGCAAUAUCAAAUUCGAGACGAAAGAACUGUGGAUCGAGCAUAAGCUGGCCGAUGCGAAGGUGGUGCGACCAUUUUGUCCCUUCCAAUGGGGCUGUGACAUGUGCGGCGAGUACUUGUCGCGCAAGGAGAAGCUCAUGAAUCACAUCAAUAAUCAUUUGAAGGAGGAUGUCAUUGUGCCAGUGGCCACACAAGGGGCCAUCGACAGAGAACGAGCAUCGACAGCAUCAUCAUCAUCAUCGUCAGCAUCGGCAGCAUCGGCUUCGGCAUCCGAGGCAACAACAUCCAAAGCAAAGGCGUCGUCCGUACUGGCGGAGCAACCCGGUGCCAUACUGCAGAAGAAAACGGAGGAAAAUGGUGGACUGGAUGGAGCAGAGGCGGCGGUAAAGGCAGAUGAAGAUGAUAGCGAUAUGGAGGAUGCCGACAGUUCAGACGGUGAUGAAGAAAGCUCUGGCACAGGGGAUGAAGACGACGACGACGAUGAUGACGACGACGACGACGACGACGACGACGAUGAUGACGACGAAGAUGAGGGCGAAGACGAGGAGGGUGUGCCCCCACCAACACCUGCCACACAACUGUUGCCACAGCAGCAGGAGCAGCAGCAGCAACACAAACACAAAGCCAAUAUUGACAAUGAUGAAGAUCUCGUCGAAGAAGUGAUCAGCUCUGAUGAUGAAGAGCCUGAGGAUGGAGGGGAAGUCGAGAGCGAAAGUCAAACAGAAAGCGAAGAGGACGAUGACGAGGAUGACGAUGAAGACGAUGACGACGAGGAAGAGGAACAGGGACAGGAACAGGAACAGGCCUCGCAGCCCCUGGUGAAUGGCAAGUCGAAAGAGCAUCAACAGCAAAUCGAUGAGAUAUUGCCCAGCUCCGACGACGACGAAGUGGGGGAUGGCAAUUUAGAUGGCCAUCUGAUGGCCAUUGAUGACAUUAUUGAAGAAGAAUUUGAUGAAGACGAUGAUAUGGAGGAGGUGGACGAUGGUGCAGUCCAUCCAGAUCCCGAUGAUGUUAUCGAAGAGGUCGACGACGAUGAUGCGGAUGAGGUGGAUGAAGAGCACAAUGUCGAUGGGGGCGGCACAUCAUCGGCCUCAUCGUCAGAGAGUGAAUCAACAUCCACGACCACAUCCAAUUCGCAUUCAACUGGUGAGCGGCGUAAGAAGGCUGGCGACCAGUCGUCAAAUCCCAGCUUUACCUGUGAUCUAUGUCAACUUUGUUUCGAUUCCCAGGAGCUUCUCCAGUCUCACAUCAAAAGCCAUUUCCUCAAUGGUCCAAAAAUCUCUGCCUCACAAGCAACAAGCAAUGCAACAGCAACAGCAACGGCAACGGCAACGACGACGACUGUGUCGAGCAAUUGUAACAACAAUGCGUCGACAAAAGCCUCGAAGCAGCCCUCCCCAACCAACAACAACCGACAAAGAAGUUCCGCCGCAGAAAUGGGGGCCAGCGGUAGCAGCAGCAACAGAAAUUAAGUGGAUUAUCAUAGGUACUCGUAUUAUCCCAGUCGUUUGUCCCCACAAUCAUCCACGUCAGAAUUCACACUUGAAACAACUUGUACAAAGCCAGCCCAAUUAUCGCUCAUGAGCCAAAAGACCCUUCACUCUCCACCAUCAACCACCACCACCACCACCACACAAAACAACAUGAAAAACCAUGCAAAAUGAUCAUCAGAAAACGCAUUCCAUGCAUUCAACAAGCAGCAGCAUCAGCAGCUACAAUAUGUAUGUAUAGAGACAGUAGGAGAUGGGGCGGGGAAUGGGGGACUGCGUGCGUGUGUGCCACAUAUAGUAGAGUUUCUUCUUGCUUCUAGUCUUAAGGCAUACCUUAUACUAUAUAUUAUACAUGCAUAUAUCAUCCGUAAAAUUUAUAAGAUAUAUAAGAUUUUUUUUUACAAUGUUAAACUAGUUUUUACGCACGCACGCACACACACAAACAAACACAAGAAGAAAACAUACACACACACACACACACAUACACAGACGAAAGAAGAAAGAUGUGAGCACUGGGCGGCAUAUUUUAGGCUUUAGGUUUUUUGCUUAAAUAACCUAUAUAUAUCAAAUAUAUAGCGUACAUUUAUAAGCAUCUAUGUAGGAAGUACGUACGAACACACCUCAAUUAUUAAGCAAACGUUUAUGACGUCACCAAAGGAACACACAAAACAAAACAGCAUAAAAACCCACAAAAACAACAAAAAAAAACACACACAAAACCAUACAAAAUACCAUACGAAAAGGAUUGGAAAAGAAGAGAAUAUAAGGAUAUAGUCGUCCCAGAGCUCAGUUAGAUAUAGUUUUAAAGAUCAUCAAUUUCUAAGUAUUCGCACACACACAAACACACACACGAAAUGGUUUAGAAAACCAAAAACUCUCUACUCGAUAUAUAUAUAUAUAUAUACAUAUAUAAUUAAAAAAAUUUUUUCGGAAUGGUCAAAAUAGUGAUUUACAGUACAGAAAACCGAGAGCAUCACAACAGAAAAAUACCCAAAAAAAAAGAAUUUACUUUGGGAAUGUAAUGUAAUGUAAUUUUUUUUUUUUUUAUAGCAUAUUUUGAUGUCUUUUUUUUAUAUUUUUUGUUUAAGAGCCUGCUGGGGCCAUGAAACUCCUACCUGAAAUAUUUGUUUUAAUCAUUUAAUUAGGAUUUAUUAGAUCUAGAAGAGUAAGACAGUAAGAACAUGCACAAAAAUAUAUAUCUAUACAAAUGCGAGAAAUACAUAAUUUUAUUUAGUUUUUUUUUAUUUUUUUUUGUUUUUUUUUUCCAACAACUUUUCAAUGGCUAGGAGAAUUGAACAGACAUAAAAUUCGAUUUGAUUCACUGAUAAAUCCCAUGCAAUGCCAUAAAAUACCAAAUACGAAACAUAUAUAAUAAUGGUAGCCUCUUCAAGCCGUACUUCUUUAUUCCAAACAGCUCAAACAUUUGUCUCUUCAGCCUUUAACCCAAAUGCAGCUCGAGCCCACCCAUGACGCCUCUGUUCUUCGAGUUUCGCUCCAACUGGAAACCGAGAAUUGUGGGACAGUUGGUUGUUGCAGAUUUCGUUACACAAAAAAAAACACAUCUAGUCAGACAGAAUGGGUGAUACUUCUGCGCGUCGAUCAAGCCGUGUCAGUCGAAUCAGCCGCGGAGUUAAUUAUUGUGGCAAUGGAACGCCGCUACAUAAUAUGAAGCUCGCAUUGCCAAGACUU